AUCAAAGAUGAAGAAGCAAAUGAAGGUGUUUGUGUUGGUGGUGGUUAUGGUGGCGGGUGUAAUAAUGGAAGGAACAGAGGGUAGAAAGGGAAAGAUUGCAGGGUCGUUGGAGUACUCAGCCAUUAGUUGCAGAGCUCACAGUGCAUCCAUACUUGAUUUUGGUGGUGUGGGUGAUGGAGUUACCCUAAAUACACAGGCUUUUAGAUCAGCCGUUGAUCAUCUCAGCCAGUUUCAAUCCGACGGUGGUGCUCAGCUCUUUGUUCCCGCCGGAAAAUGGCUCACCGGAAGUUUUAAUCUCACUAGUCAUUUCACUCUUUAUCUGCAUCAAGAUGCAGUCAUUCUUGCUUCUCAGGAAAUAAACACAUGGGCAGUGAUUGAUCCAUUACCAUCAUAUGGGCAUGGAAGAGAUGCAGCUGGUGGAAGAUACAUCAGUCUUAUUUUUGGUACCAAUCUUACUGAUGUCGUCAUCACAGGUGAGAAUGGAACAGUAGAUGGACAGGGUUUAGUAUGGUGGCAGCAGUUUAAAAAGAAGAAGCUGAAAUACACAAGGCCUUAUCUUCUUGAAAUCAUGCACUCUGAUAAUAUCCAGAUUUCUAAUCUUACAUUUCUCAAUUCUCCUUCCUGGAAUAUCCACCCUGUUUACACCAGCAACAUAAUCAUACAAGGGAUCACAAUCCUAGCUCCAAUCACAUCCCCAAACACAGAUGGCAUCAAUCCAGAUUCUUGCACAAACACGAGAAUCGAAGACACGUACAUAGUCUCCGGCGACGACUGCAUAGCAGUAAAAAGCGGUUGGGACGAAUACGGUAUUAACUACGGUAUGCCAACUAAGCAUCUCAUUAUCCGACGGCUGACGUGCAUUUCGCCCUACAGUGCCGCCAUAGCGCUGGGCAGCGAAAUGUCGGGCGGCAUCCAAGACGUCAGAGCCGAUGACAUCACCGCCAUCCAGACAGAAUCCGCCGUCAGAAUCAAGACAGGUGUCGGCAGAGGGGGCUACGUGAAGGACAUCUUCGUAAAAAACAUGAAACUACACACGAUGAAGUGGGUUUUUUGGAUAACCGGAAAUUACGGGUCGCACGCGGAUACCCACUUCGAUCCGAACGCCUUGCCGGAGAUAAAGGGGAUUAAUUAUCGGGAUAUUGUGGCGGAGAAUGUGACCAUGGCCGCCAGAUUGGAGGGAAUAUCCGGCGACCCCUUCACGGGAAUUUGUAUCUAUAAUGCGACUAUAGGAUUGUCGAAGAAGCCGAAGAAGUACCAGUGGACUUGUUCGGAUGUGGAGGGGGUCACCGGAGCGGUGGUGCCGCCGCCGUGUGCGCUGCUGCCGCCUACUCAGGUGGAUGAGAAAUUUGGGAUGUGUGAUUUUCCUUCGGACAGUUUGGCUAUUGAUAGUGUGGAGUUGCAGAAAUGUUCUUUUGAAAUGAACUUGUUUUAAUAUUUUGCUUAGGAUUUUAUUACUACUUUUAUUAUGAAUUCAGAGGUUUUCCUGUUUGAUUUCGAUGUGUGACUAUAUUUGCUACCCUUUCAAGCCUACUUUGGAAACAAAGACAGGACUUGAUAGAUAAGAUAAUCAAUAUGUAUUAAGGUCU